AUGAAAACAUAUGCCAAAGCAUGGGUGCAUUCGGAUCGAAAACUUUCUUCGAGUGUUGAUGCCAAAGGCCAUGUCAAUCCUACGUGGAAUGACAAAUUUGUGUUUCGGGUGGAUGAAGAAUUUCUUCGACGAGAUACAUCUGCUGUUAUGAUUGAAAUUUACGCGGUGAAUUGGUUCCGGGAUACCCUUGUUGGCACCGUCCGCGUCCUCGUCGGAAACCUCAUUCCACCGCCACCUUUGCGGCAGCACCACAACCGCCACCAUUUUGGAAUGCGGUUUGUAGCACUCCAGGUUCGUCGUCCAUCAGGGCGUCCACAGGGAAUAUUGAACAUUGGCGUGGCCCUUCUCGACAGUUCCAUGCGAAGCAUGCCACUGUACAGACAGCUCAGUGCUUCAGCAGUUGGAAUUCGAGAUCUAAUGGAGGAUCCAAAUCUUCACAAUUCAAACAACACUCAGCCUCCCAAUUUGAAGCCCAUCUUUCAGCGUUCCAAAAGUGAACGCAGCGAGCGCUUCACUUUUGAUAGUUUUUCUAUGGCUAACAGUUCAUUAGUUGCUAUCCCGGGACAGAAAGACAAUGGGAGUUGCAUUUUGAGUUUGUCAGAAAUUGCGGAUCCAUUUGAAGGCACGAAGAAGAAGGGGAAAGCGAGUUCGGUUAUCAAUGGUGCGGAAUUGGUAGGGAAAACUAGGCAGAAAGGGAAGAAAGGAAAGGCAAGCUCUGUUGUGAGUGAUUCGAUUUUUAGCAAACAAUCUUCUGUUUAUGUUAAGAAUGUGAACCAAGAUUUGACCACAAAAACCCAGAAAAAUGAGGAUGACACUGAGAAAAAUAAUGGCAGACGAAGUGAAGAACAUAAGGUGUUUGAUAAGGUGGGUGUGACAGAUGGUAAGAAAAUUGGGGGUGAAAAACCUCCAAUACCGAAACCCAAUGGAUAUGGCCUUGGUCCAGCAAAAGGUUUGAUGCCAAGUGGCAAGUUUGUGCCGUUCAAAGCUAGUUCAAAUUUGUCCAUCUCCGAAGUUGGACCGUCUCCGUCUGAGGUGGCGGCAGCGAUGGCAGCCCGGGAAAGGAAAUAUCCUUUGGACGAUUACGAAAGCUCGGUUUUGAGUGGUUGGAGCUUGGAUGAUAGCGUCGAAGGGCCAAUGUCAAAGCUUGAGAGGUGGCGGAAGGAGCUGCCGCCGAUUUACGACCGUGGCUUUUCGACGAGUAGCUUCUCAUCGACCAGCCAACAACGUGUUCGACGGCGCAAUGAUAGAGGUGGAAAUGGCUUAUUCUCGUGCUUCGGAGUUCUAUGUGGAUACGAGUGCCAGUGCGUUUGUGGGCAGCCUCCCGAAAGAAAGAGCAGCCACAGCACUAGAUACUACAGCCCAUCACUUUAA